CCGGUCCGUUUUCUGCUGCACCCCGCGCCCUAGCCCCGGCCCCGAGUUCCUACCCCCGACCCCCAGCUCAGCCACUGCCCCGGCCCAGCCAGCAGCCAUGGAGCGUUGGCCUUGGCCGUCGGGCGGUGCCUGGCUGCUCGUAGCUGCCCGAGCGCUGCUGCAGCUACUGCGCGCCGACCUGCGUCUGGGCCGCCCGCUGUUGGCGGCGCUGGCGCUGUUGGCCGCGCUCGACUGGCUGUGCCAGCGCCUGCUGCCCCCGCUGGCUGCACUCGCCGUGCUGGCCGCUGCCGGCUGGAUCGCAUUGUCCUGCCUGGCGCGCCCGCCACGCCUGCCCGUGGCCACUCGCGCGGUGCUCAUCACCGGUGAGUGCGCGGGGCGCGGAGCGUGGGGAUUGCAGGCUGUAGGGCGGGACCGGACUCCCAGAGGACUCCCGUGGGCACGCCAAGGCUGUGACUCUGGUUUUGGCAAGGAGGCGGCCAAGAAGCUAGAUGCCAUGGGCUUCAGGGUGCUGGCCACUGUGUUGGACUUGAAUAGCCCCGGCGCCCUAGAGCUGCGUGCCUGCUGUUCCCCUCACCUAAAGCUGCUGCAGAUGGACCUGACCAAGCCAGGCGACAUCAGCCGUGCACUGGAGUUCACCAAGGCCCAUACCACCAGCACAGGCUUGUGGGGCCUGGUCAACAAUGCAGGCUUCAAUGAUGUGGUGGCCGAUGCGGAGCUGGCUCCAUUGGCUACAUUCCGCAGCUGCAUGGAGGUGAACUUCUUUGGCACAUUGCAGCUCACCAAGGGCCUCUUGCCACUUUUGCGCCGUUCCAGGGGUCGUAUUGUGACCCUGGGCAGCCCGGCAGGAGACAUGCCAUAUCCAUGCUUGGGGGCCUAUGGGACUUCCAAAGCGGCUGUGGUGCUGCUCAUGGACACAUUCAACUGUGAACUUCUGCCCUGGGGGGUCAAGGUCAGCGUCAUCCAACCUGGCUGCUUCAAGACAGAGUCAGUGAAAAAUGUGAGCAACUGGGAGCGACGAAAACGGCUGCUGCUGACCAGCCUGCCCCAAGAGCUGCUGCAGGCCUACGGAGAGGACUACAUCGAGCAUGUACACGGGCAGUUCCUGCACUCGCUGAGCCUGGCACUGCCCGACCUCAGCCCGGUUGUAGAUGCCAUCAUCGAUGCACUGCUGGCAGCUCACCCGCCAAGCCGCUACUACCCGGGCCGCGGUGUGGGACUCAUGUACUUCAUCCACUACUACCUGCCCGAGGGCCUGCGGCGCCGCUUCCUGCAAGCUUUCUUCAUCAGCCCCUGUCUGCCAAGUGCACUGCGGCCUGGCAAGCCUGGCUCUACGCCCACCCAGGAUGCUGCCCAAGACCCAGACCCAAGCCCAGGCCCUUCCCCGACAGUGGCCCAAUGAGCAGUGUGCAUCUCUGGUCUCGGCUAACCCAGCAGAGGAUGUCCCAUGAGCCCUGGGGCCUCUCCUGGGCGUGGCGACCGAGUCUGUCCUAGAGCCUGGCCUCAAGGACCCUAGCCCACCCCCUGCCGAUGCCCCAGGUCAGGCCUGGUGAGGCUAACGCUUCCCAGUGAACCUCUGGGCCCCUCUACUGCUUCAUGAGCCCAGACGGGGGCACACGGCUCGCCCGGCAGCUUGGAGAGCCCAGCCGGAUGGGGAGUUCAGUGCAAGACGUAGCUGUGGCCUGUGACAGGUUCCCAUAGGCGGUGCCUCUGCAGACUAAGUGACAGGGUAGUUGGGGGCCCCCUCAGGUUAUUUCUCAGCACAAGGCCUCAGUGCUGCGAUGCAAAGGGUAAAUCCCUACUGUUUCUUGACUGGCUCAAGAAUUAGGGCCCUGACCACCCACCCCAAGCCCCAGGGAGGCUGCACAUUCUACUUGCCUGAUUGCCAUUUUUAAAUAAAUGUCUAUUUCUCCUAGAA